CAGGGGCGCUGAUCCCGGGGUCCCUGGGGUUCCCGCGGGGUGCGGGUUCCGGAGGUGGCCGGGGGAGGUGGGCGAGGGCCGCCCGGCCGGAUGCAGGGCCGGCGCGGAUCUGGUGGGCGCUGGCGACCCUCGCGGCUCUGACGCCUCCCUGCCCCAGACGCAGCCACCGCGCUGACGCCCCCACGUUUCACCGUUGGGGAGCCGAGGCCUGGCGCCGCGCCGCCGCUGCUGUCGUGGUCGUGCAGAGGCCACACGCCACCCAGCUGUACCAGCAUGUGCCAGAAACGCGCUGGCCCAUCGUGUACUCGCCGCGCUACAAUAUCACCUUCAUGGGCCUGGAGAAGCUGCACCCCUUCGACGCUGGCAAAUGGGGCAAGGUGAUCAGUUUCCUAAAAGAAGAGAAGCUGCUGUCGGACAGCAUGCUGGUGGAGGCGCGGGAGGCCUCGGAGGACGACCUGUUGGUGGCGCACACCAGGAGAUAUCUCAAUGAGCUGAAGUGGUCCUUCGCCGUUGCCACCAUCACGGAAAUCCCCCCUGUCAUCUUCCUCCCCAACUUCCUGGUGCAGAGGAAGGUGCUGCGGCCCCUUCGGACCCAGACAGGAGGAACCAUCAUGGCGGGAAAGCUGGCUGUGGAUCGAGGCUGGGCCAUCAAUGUGGGGGGCGGCUUCCACCACUGCUCUAGUGACCGUGGCGGGGGCUUCUGCGCCUAUGCCGACAUCACGCUGGCCAUCAAGUUCCUGUUCGAGCGAGUGGAAGGCAUCUCAAGGGCCACCAUCAUUGAUCUUGACGCCCAUCAGGGCAACGGGCACGAGCGAGACUUCAUGGGUGACAAACGCGUGUACAUCGUGGACGUCUACAACCGCCACAUCUACCCUGGGGACCGCUUCGCCAAGCAGGCCAUCAGGCGGAAGGUGGAGCUGGAGUGGGGCACAGAGGACGACGAGUACCUGAGCAAAGUGGAGCGGAACGUGGAGCAGGCCCUGCAGGAGCACCUGCCCGACGUGGUGGUGUACAACGCUGGCACCGACGUCCUGGAGGGGGACCGCCUCGGGGGGCUGUCCAUCAGCCCCGGGGGCAUCGUGAAGCGGGAUGAACUGGUGUUCCGCACGGUCCGGGCUCACCAGAUCCCCAUCCUAAUGGUGACCUCAGGCGGGUACCAGAAGCGUACAGCCCGCAUCAUCGCAGACUCCAUCCUCAAUCUGCACGACCUGGGGCUCAUCGGCCCUGAGACGCCCAGCCUGUCGGCACAGAACUCAGACACACCGCUGCUCCCGUCCGCGGUGCCCUGACCCCCGCUGCCCAUUAGGUGUCCCCUGCCUGCCUCUGGGCCCUGCCCGCUGCCCGCCUUUGCGCUUUUCCUUCUCUAACCUUCUGGCCGGGAGGUGGCCACCAGUGACAGGUGUGGGAAGGGCAGGGCUGUCCCAGGGAAGACCCCACGCGGGUCUGGGAGGCGGGGAGUUCAUGAGCUUGGAGGCGCAGGAGGCCUGGGGCUGCAGGGAGAUGGCCAGGUACUGGUCCACGGGAGAUGGAGGGAGUGUCCUGCUGUCCAGGGUGGGCCUUAGUUGUGGGAGGCACCUGUUUGCUCCUCCCCUAGAGGUGAGAGCCAGGGGGCUGGGUGUGGGGGCCCUAGGGAAGGUGCAGUGGGUUCUUCCACCUGGGGUUCCCCCUCAAUAAAGCAAAAUCCCAGCCUGCUCUCCCAGCGCCUCUGUAGAUGAGAACUGGGAGGCGGGGCACGUUGGCCCCGCUUUGGAGUGGUCUCCCCUGUUCAGCGUGGGGCAGGUUUGCAGGGAGGAAUCCUCAGAUCAGAAAUGGGGCCCAGCCCUGGAGCCUCAGGGGUCUGCUGGCCUGGGAGGAACGGGGAGAGGACAGUGGGCCUGGCAGGCAGUGCGCAGAGGGCCAGGCUGGGCUCCCUGGAGGUUGAUGAAGGAGACAGCUAGCUGGACGGGCCCGGGAGUGGGCAAUGGGAGCGUGGUCUGUGCCGCCCCAUCUCUCCUGCCCAUGGCCUUUCCCCAUCUCUCCUCUGAAGGCGACAUUCAGGAAGCUGGCAGGGGGAGUGGCCACCCCUCCUGGGCAGUGGCUGCCACCUUGACCCAAGGUGGAGGGGUGUGAAGGGAAAAGUUUGAAGGUCAUACACACUGUCCACCUGCUGACUCUUGGCCCGGACUUGGGGCACUAACAAUGCACUUUGACAACCCCACCCUUGUUGUGGUCUCUCUGUGUCUGACUCGAGGUCCCUAACAGCCGUUUUAUGUCCAGCACAAGCCUGACACCCCUGGGUGGUGGGGAUGGACACAGCUUGUCCCGAGGUGCCUCUGUCCUAGAGAAGCCUAAAGGCUCUGUUGAGACCAGCUGCUGUGUGUUCUGGAGGGAACAGGCCCUGCUUCCCGGGGACAAGAGGAAAUAAAGUUUUAACAUUCAAACAGCAGAACGCCCUGUGCAGGGUCGCUGCCCAGUAAA